UUGGCUGGGCGAUAAUCGCGGUUUCCUGUGUGCUGGUAUUAUUCACAGUGACUGGGGUAGGUACGAGUCACAAGCUAACACCGCGUCGAGUCGCCCCCGUACGCUCCCCGCUAGACACUUCUACCUCGAGCCAAGGGUUCCCUCCCUUUUUGAGAUCUGUAUUACCCGUCGACGCAUCUUGGAUUCCUUGGAUAGUAGAUAACGGACGAAGACGGGACAGACAGUAUAAUAGAGCGGCAGGGGCCGAUCCUUUUGGUUGUCUCUCAAGAAUGGCCGGAUCUAAUUUUCGUCUGCUACUGGUCCUGGGGUUGGGGUGCACUUUGUGCGGGCUGUUGUUGGCCGACAGCGAGGAGGCUGGACAAGCUAACCCGCAGCUAGACGGCGGGAAUGAGGGCAGUGCCGUUGAUGCUUCCUCGGACGAUGAUGUAACAGACCCCGGUGAGAUCGAAGAGGCAAAUGUAUACUUGAAACAGUAUGGCUACUUCGAUGACGACGAGCCGGAGGUUGGCAUCCAGCGCUCGGUAGCCAACGUGGAGCGGGCCAUCGCCAUGAUGCAGUACAAAGCCCACAUCCCCGUGACCGGCCGACUGAACAAGGCGACGAUCGCCAUGAUGCGGAGGCCACGAUGCGGCAACAAGGAUUUCAACAGCCCGGCCGACCGGCUGCGAAGGCGAAGGAGGCGCUACUCCUUGUCGGGAAAUAAGUGGCCAAAGAAGGAUAUUACCUACAAGUUCAUCAAUUACACGCCGGACCUGGGCCAGCGGACCACCCGCUCCGAGGUCACCCGCGCCUUCAACCUAUGGAGCCGGGCGGCCAACCUCAACUUCCGCGAGGUGCGCUCGGGUCAGGCCGACAUCGACCUCCGCUUCGCCUCCGGCGAUCACGGGGACGGCUACGACUUCGACGGGCAGGGAGGCAUCCUGGCACACGCCUUCUUCCCCGGCAGAGAGCCCAUUAGCGGGGAUGCCCACUUUGAUGAGAGGGAACGAUUCACCUCCAACUCAAAUCAAGGUACCAACCUGUUUAUGGUCGCUGCUCAUGAGCUAGGUCACAGUCUCGGCCUGGGUCACUCGGAGGUCGAGAACUCCAUGAUGGCUCCGAUCUACCAGGGUUACAGGCACGGAAUCCAACUCCACAGGGACGACAUUCGUGGGAUACAGCGACUGUACGGUCCGAGAAGAGGCCCCCCUCCGACUGAUCCUAGGCCUUCACCACCCAGACCAGGCAGCCCUAGCCCGCCGGGUCGGCCGUCCUACCCAACUACACCCACCUGCAAUAUCCGUGCGAGGGCGGUCAUGACCGUCUCGCCAAACGAAUUCCUCGCAUUCGGGAACAAUGCGUUUUGGCGUAUCGUCUUCGACGGAGGGUCGUACUCGGUGCCUCAGGGAUAUCCUAAAAAGUUCAGCGAUGUCUUCAGGGCCACGUCGAGCAGAGGCCAGCCCCUGACAAUAAUAGAUGCCGCCUACAGGCGGACUGAUGGCAGCUUUAGGUUCUUUAGAGGGACUGAAUAUUUCGAUUUCACGACGGGUGGGACCUUCAAACGGCGGGGGAGACUCGGUCGGCUCUUCCGGCGAGGCAGGUUUCCGACUUACAUCGACGCGGCGGUGAUCGUACCCAACGCGAACAACCUGGUGUACCUAUUCCGUGACACGCAAUACUGGCGGCUGAACGACGAAGAUGGUCGGGUAGAUCCCGGCUACCCGCAGCCCCUCAGCAAGUGGUCGUGGGAGCUGAAACCCGGAUUCGACGCUGCCUUCUUUGCUGAGGAUUCAGUUUUCUUUGUGUCUGGGAACGAAUAUCGACAGUUCCACUGGAAUGGCUACCGGCUCGAGCCCGGCUCCUUCCGAUUUGACCGGCAAUUCUUUGGGUGCGGCCGACUACAACUGGAAAACGAAAUGGACAACGGCCAGACUUCCAGCAGGACCGCUCGCAACUGGGCACUGGUGCCCACCAUGGUGGCGGUCUCGACAGCAACGUGUCAACUGUUGCUGAUGUAAUAAAAUAACACCACACCCUGAACACUAACACAACGACAUUUUACUGUACAUAAGACGUGUUUCUAGUUGCCUUAAUAACCAAGCAAAUAUGUGAAGACAUGGAUUCCGUGCGUGGCUGAGGAGGACGGUGUUUACGCGCCUUUGUAGACAUUUCAAGGCCACCUCGCCUGCUUUCGCCCGUCACACACCGCCCCCUUGGGAAGGGCAAAUGCAUGACAUAACUUUUGUCGAGCACUCAUUAGACAGAGUUAAUAAAUAAACAAUUACACGGGUCGACAAUUCCAGGUGCGCAUAAUUACCAAGUGCCAACUGAAAAUACAUGCGUGUCAGGACAGCAACCCACAAUGCUUUGCGUGCCCACACCUGUGACGUAUUUCUUUCCCCUAAUCCGUGAAGCGCAAAAUUUGCCCCCUCCUAGCCUUUGAAGGCCGGUUCAUACUUCACGCGGAAGCGAAAACGGACGCAAAUUUGUGACGUCAGAUCAAAUAAUGGCACUGCAAAUUCUUAAAAGUUGAACGCAUUUUAACUCGCCGGAGCAAAAUUUCGCUGCAAAUCUUUCGUGACGUCACAUCCGCUUCGCUUUCGCAAUUUGCCAGAAGUAUGAACCGGCCUUUAGGCCUCGGUUGUGGAGGACGAGCGAACACGCCGGCGACGCGGGCUGUGAUUCGUCAUUAGGCCUACUGGUAUGCCAGUAUUGCUCGAGGCCAGAUAGUUUCCAAAUAUCCCGACACGAUCGGUACUUUUGGUCAUUUUUAUAAUUUAGAAUGUACAUACGAGGAGUCAAUUUCUGUGUUCUAUUUUACAGUGCUUUGAUGUCCGGUUGGGCCUAAUUCACCUGGCUCACCUUGCAGACAUCCCAAAAUGGUUUUCAUAUCAAACGGCGAUGAAUUUCUCAAUGACGCUUCGCGAAAGCUUUUAAAAAGUUGAUUUUUAAAAAAGAAGGCUUUGGUGACGACUGUGAAAAGCAAACCACAAAUCAGUAAGUUCGUAUUGGCUACAAAACGCGCGCAUGCGCACUUCUGCUUGACAACGAAAUUUGGAGAAGCCACCAAUCUCCAUUGCUGGCGUGGACAUGCGUCGAUAGCUAUGUCGCCUACUGUGCGUAUUGUAUUAAACACUCACCAUGCCCACUCAUUGCAAUUUACUGGGACAUUAGUAAUAGCUACUGAUGAAAGUCGAGUGACCAACCGGCUCAAAAGGUGACGAGCAAGUAUAUCCAGGACCCUUUUCCAAUACUCGACUUGGGCUCCGUCUCGGGCGUCGUUCCCAAAACCAAUCCCCG